AUACGGCAAUCGGGAGUUUCAGAGUUAAAAAUUUUUUGAAAAUUUUGCCAACGUAUGAGAUCCUGUGGACAAGGAAAGUCUGGGGAAUACCCGAAUGUUAAAUGUCCGCGUUGCUUAAUUGAAGAAGAAAAGUGGGAACAUAUAUGGAUCUGUUGGAUCUGUAGUAAAAAUAGCCAAGACGCAUCAGAAUAUUUAAUUUUUAAAGAAAGUGUUAAAUGAAGUCGUAGAUAAAGAGCUGGUAGAGAUAGAAAAAGAAGAUAUACUUAAAUUCAAAGAAAGAGUGCUAUCAAGUGCUAAGUUUUUUGCUAAUUCUUCGACUUUAUCUAUGCAUGAGGCUAAUACAUAAUAUAUUACAUAGGAUAGUGAUCAUAUUUUAAUUUAGUCUUUACUCUGUUUUAUUAUACGGAGAUUUUGAUAUGGAUAGAUUUAGUUUUCAUUUUUGUUAGCUAAAUUUCAAUGUAUUUUUUAUUAAUAUAUUGAUAUAAUUAAAAGAAAACUACUUUGAAAUUGUGUGAAUUUAUUAACGG